CUGCCCUGGGCAGCAGUUGGCAUUUUCGUGCAUAUGCCUCACCUCCAUUGUUCAACAAAGAUGCCAGGAUGAAAACACCGUCUUUGCCCAUCUUUGCUUUGAUUUCGUCAUUGCUAUUCUGGUCCUGUUGGAUUGCUGACCAACGGAAGCUCUGCUUGGAGGUUGUUGCUAACAUUACAUACCAAUGCAUGGAACUGGAUCUCUCUGAAGUCCCUGCUGAGAUCCCAUCUUCAGCUCAGAACCUUGACCUGAGCUUCAACCCAUUAGGAACAUUGGUUCCAAAGGGCUUCUCAAUGCUCCCUGACCUGAGGAUGCUGGACCUAACCAGAUGUCAAAUUCAGGCGAUUGAAGAUGAUGCUUUCCGAGGACUAUGCAAUCUGUCCACCUUGAUUCUGACCGGCAAUCCUGUGCAAAGAUUGGGAGCGAGAGCUUUCUCUGGGCUGAUGAUGUUACAGAAGCUGGUUGCGGUGGAGAUGCAGGUGGUAUCUCUGGAGGAUCUGCCCCUUGGACAUCUGACAACCCUUCGGGAGCUGAAUGUGGGCCAUAACUUCAUCAGAUCUUCCAAACUACCCUCGUAUUUUGCUCACCUGGACUCCUUGCAGUAUUUGAACCUAUACAAAAAUCACAUUUCAAUGAUAUUGUUAGGAGACCUAGAUGUUUUGAAACGAAGACAGCAGCCUCUUCUUACCUUAGUUCUCUCCUUGAAUAAUAUCCUGAAUAUUGAACCAGGCUCUUUUGAGGGGCUUCAUCUCCAAGCACUGAAGAUGCGAGGUUGUUUUAGUGAUGUGAAUGUCACAAAGACUUGUAUCAAUGCACUGGCUGGUUUGCAAGUCCAUCAGCUGGUCCUUGGAGAGUUUAGAGAAAAUCAUAAUGACAUGCCUGAGGACUUUGGUGUCUUUGAUGGGUUGUGCAAGGUGGAAAUUGAGGAGUUUAGGAUAGUUUACUACAAGGGCUUAAUCUAUAAUACCAACAUUUUUUCCAACUGCCUGCUUAAUGUUUCUGUUCUUAGGGUGGUGUCCACAUCUUUAGAUCAGGUAUCCAACCUUCCAGCGGCUACCAGAUGGCAAACCUUGCAUUUCAAUAGGUGUGGAUUUUCAGAGGUACCCGCUGACUCGCUUAGACCUCUCACCCAGCUUAAGGAGCUCCAGAUCACUGAGAAUGAUGAACUCAAGGAAUUCGAGCAGGAGCUUUGUCUGCCCAAUCUUGAAUUCCUGGAUCUCAGUCGAAACCGUCUUAAUUUCAAAAGCUGCUGUUCCGACACACUGUUUGGCACCCCGAGAUUGAAGCACUUGAACCUGAGCUUCAACUUUCAUAUUGACAUAACGGUAAACUUUAUGGGGCUGGUGGAGUUGCAGUACCUGGAUCUGCAGCAUUCAAAGUUGAAUGGCCCCGGCCAUUUUCCUGCCUUCGUCUUGCUCACAAAACUCAUUUACCUUGAUAUUUCCUACACCAACACGCACAUUAACUCUGCAGGCACCUUCUAUGGCUUGGAAAGUCUUGAAGUGCUAAAAAUGGCAGGUAACACCUUCCAUAACAAGUUCCUGAAAGAUAACUUCAGAAAUGUGUCCCGCCUGCUCUAUCUGGAUAUUUCCAAUUGCCAGUUGGAACAGGUGUCCCGUCAAGCUUUUGCUUCUCUCCAUCAGCUACAAGAAUUGAAUAUUAGCCACAACAAGUUCCUCACAUUUCCAAUCGCCUGUACCUCACUCCAGUCCCUCAAGGUCCUGGAUUGCAGUUUCAAUCUCAUAGCGGCACCUGGAGAAGAAGCCCUGAGAAGUUUAUCGCAGACUCUGGUUCGCUUGGAUCUUUCCCAAAAUCCUUUGGACUGCUUCUGUGAUCACCUGGGGUUUCUGCAGUGGGUCAAGGACCAUAGAAAGCGGUUGUGGAAGCCUGAGCGAAUGACCUGUGCCAGACCCUCCAAUCUGGCAAACACCUUAGUCCUGGAUUUUAAGCCCUCUGCCUGUGAAGUCAAAAGGAUCAUUAUGUGGGUCUCCGUUGUUGGGGUGAUGGCUAUAGCUUUCAUUGUGGUCUUGGUUUAUAAAUUCUAUUUCCAUCUCAUGCUCCUUUCAGGUUGCAAAAGAUAUGGCCCAGGAGGGAACUCCUAUGAUGCUUUUGUCAUCUACUCCAGCCAGGAUGAGGAAUGGGUGAGGAAUGAACUAGUAAAGAAUCUCGAAGAAGGGGUGCCUCCGUUCCAGCUGUGUCUUCAUUAUAGAGACUUUAUGCCAGGGGUGGCGAUCACCUCCAACAUCAUCCAGGAAGGGUUUCACAAGAGCCGGAAAGUCAUCGUGGUCAUCUCCAAGCACUUCAUGGAGAGCCGGUGGUGCAGCUUUGAGUUUGAGAUUGCUCAGACUUGGCAGUUCCUCGAGAGUCAGGCUGGCAUCAUCCUCAUCGUCCUGCAGAAAGUGGACAAGUCUCAGCUGCAGCGGCGGAUGGGGCUGUCUCGUUAUCUCCACAGGAACACUUACCUGGAGUGGGAGGACAAUAAGAUCAGUCGACAUAUCUUCUGGAGGCGGCUCAGGAAUGCCCUCCUGGAUGGCAGUGUGUCCAGUGGAAUCAGGGAAAAAGUAGGCCCCUAAUGGCAGCUGCAAAAGGAGAGGAACAACUCCUGGGGCUCCUUCUCCUCCAUCUAAAGCUCCAUUUUCUUUCUCACUGUCUGUGCCCCGAUUUACUCACCUUUACCAAUCCUCUGACUGAGAUUCCUGCCUCCCAUUGUCACAUGCAACCACUUGACAACUCUGGGACAUUUGAAUUGGGGCUGGUGCUCCUCCCAAGUUCUCCAAGGCUGAAUGGCUAUAUAGACAUGUGUUCCCCAGUGGUUAGGCCUGGGCGUUAGAUUUUACAGCUAUGUGGAGUAAUUGGGAAGUGUACACUGGGCGAAAACUUGCUCUGGGACACCUAGGGUUCCCAGCAAGGACCCUAGCUAUAAGAGAGUGAAAACUGCUGGGCUGCCCAUCAAGUUCCUUUCUGGGCUAGGUUAGCCAUUUGUCCAGGGUUUGGCUAGUCUAUGCCCUGUUUGGUAUUGGGAUAUUAUUAUUAGUAUUAGUAUUGUCCUCAUUUGUUAA